AGUUGACACCAACUACACAGUCCACAGAGAUUUGAGGUUAUUUCAUGUGUUUAUUGGAUAUCACUUGGAUAGCGCAGAAUAAUAUUAUUACUAUAAUAUAUUAUUACGUGUCUACGCAUUCUACGCAUUGGAAUUUGGAAGUUGGCAUUAUAUUUAUUAUAAUUAUUACUUGCUCUGUGGAAGUUGGGGCUUCGGAGUCACACAAUCUGUCACCUACCUUUAUGUUUUUUUCCGCUAGGAAUUACUAGAAUCAAUACUUUUAAAGUGAUCUUUUUGAGAUCGAGACAUGAGUUUAUCUAAAGGAAAUAUACGAAGAAACAGACCCCAAAAACACCAAAAUAGAACUGCAUUUAAAAAUGAUUUACACGAUACAAGUAAAAAGACAAAAAUAUUAAACUCUAUGCAAGUGUCUGGUGUUUGUAUUCGAUGUAGGGAAAUUAUUGAAUGGAAAAUUAAAUAUAAAAAAUACAAACCUCUUACUGCCCCUAAAAAAUGUGUGGGCUGUGAUGAAAAGGCAGUCAAACAUGCUUACCAUAUUUAUUGUAGUAAGUGUGCAAGUGAUAAACAUGUCUGUGCUAAAUGUUGUAAGCCUAUAGAUAUUGCUAAUUCUGAAGGGGAUGAACCAGAACCCAAUGAUACUGAAUUGCAAGGUUUAUUAAAAACCCUUCCUGAGAGAAAAAGAAGAACAGUCUUAAGGUAUAUCAAAAAACAAGAUGGUGAACAAACAAAAUCAGAUAUUGAAAAGAUUGUUGCGGAUAUGUCCACAUUUGAUUUAGAUGAUUCGUCUUUUGAUGGAUUUUCAAGUGAUGAAGACUCUGAAUAUGAAGAACCCUAGAUUUUUUUUAUUUCAUUUCUAAAUCCCUGAUGCAGAUAUGUGGAUUAUAGAACAGUAAAAUCAGAAAACUUAA